CAAGUAAAUGGAAGUGCCGUUGAGCACUUAAAACAAACACCUUGUCUGCAUUAAAAAUGUUUUAAAACUGAAGAAGAUCUAAUUGAGGUGGUGGUGGUUCUGCAUAGAUUCCUUCAAUGUAAUUGGAUCAAGAAUUAAUGGUCUCUCUUAAGAUGAACAACUGUGACAUAGAAAUUAUACAGUGGAGAGACAGAGAAUGGAACAAGUCAUCAUUGUUUUUGACUCCAACACAUGGCGGUUUCUCAUCAAAGCCGGCCUCACCUUCUUCCUUGAUUAAAAUACCAUCACCAAACCUUCUCCUUUAACUUCUUUAUUUCUUCACUCCUCUCUCUCUCUCUCACUCUCACUCCCAUCUCUUCAUGGGUUUUGCCUCCCCUGCAAAACCCACCAAUACCCAAAAGCAAACUCGAAACUUUCAGACACCCAUUUGAACAAUUUCCAUAUAGAGAUAUCAAGUGGAGAGGGAGAGGGACAUGGACAGGCUUAUCAGUUUGGAGCAAUCAAAUCUGGUCCCAAUAAGGAUCGAGCCAGGCCUGAAAGGUGUGGGAGAAUUAACACUUCGCAAUGUUAUGUACACUAUGCCAGUGGCGUUUAGGCUGCAACCAAUGAACAAGGCUCGCUACACAGUGAAGCCACAAUCAGGGGUCAUAUCUCCACUUGCAACCCUGACUGUGGAGAUCACAUAUGUUCUUCCUCCGGGGGUUAGUCUCCCUGAAACUUAUCCUCACUGUGAGGAUUCGUUUCUCUUGCACAGUGUGGUGGUUCCCGGCGCAACAAUCAAGGACCCUUCAUCGACCUUCGAUGCCGUCCCUAAUGAUUGGUUCACAACAAAGAAGAAACAAGUUUUUAUAGAUAGUGCGAUCAAGAUCAUGUUUGUGGGUUCACCGAUUUUGGCUCGAUUAGUGAAGGAUGGUUCAAUGGAUGAGAUAAGAGAGGUUCUGGAGAAGAGCAAUCCGGCGUGGAAUCCUGCGGACUCCGUUGAUUCACAUGGACGGUCUCUGCUUCACAUAGCCAUUGCUCAAUGUAGACCAGAUAUUGUUCAAUUGCUGCUUGAAUUCGAGCCGGAUAUUGAGCUUCAGAGUCGGACCGGGUCGUCACCGCUUGAGGCCGCGGUGGGGUCCGGUGAGGCACUGAUUGUUGAGCUUCUAUUGGCUAGGAGAGCUAGAACAGAGAGAUCAGAGACCUCUAAUUGGGGACCAAUCCAUCUCGCAGCAGGGAACGGCCACAUGGAUAUUCUGAGGCUACUUUUGCUUAAAGGAGCCAAUGUUGAUUCCCUCACCAAAGACGGCUACACUAGUCUCCAUCUCGCGGUGGAGGAACGGAGGCGCGAUUGCGCCCGCCUCCUGUUAGCUAGUGGAGCUAGAACUGAUAUACGGAACACUGUAGAUGGUGACACUCCCUUGCACAUUGCAGCAAGUUUAGGGGAUGAACAAAUGGUGAAGUUGUUACUGACAAAAGGUGCUAACAAAGACAUCCGCAACAAAGCUGGCAAAACUGCCUACGAUUUGGCUGCGGAAAAUGGACACUCGCGCCUUUUUGAUGCCCUAAAGCUUGGAGACAGCUUGUGUGUUGCUGCUAGAAAAGGUGAGGUAAGGACAAUACAUAAACUGCUCGAGAGUGGCGCGGCCAUAAAUGGGCGAGACCAGCACGGUUGGACUGCCCUGCAUAGGGCGGCUUUUAAAGGGCGUGUGGACGCAGUGCGUGCAUUGCUCGAGAAGGGAAUUGAUGUUGAUGCCAAGGACGACGACGGGUACACUGCAUUACAUUGCGCGGUGGAGUCUGGUCACGCAGAGGUGAUCCAGUUGCUAGUGAAAAAAGGUGCGGAUGUUGAGGCCAGGACUACUAAGGGAGCUACUGCACUACAAAUUGCGGAGUCUUUGCAUUAUGUUGGGAUUACGCGAGUACUAAUUCAUGGCGGUGCAACCAAAGAAGGUGGCGUGAACACCGGAUCAGCGGUGAAUUCGUUUCAGAAAUACGGUGGGGAGGAAGUAGAGAAGGUGGUGGUGAAGAGGAGACCUAGUAGAGGAAGAGCUUUGCGUGGUAGCUUUGAUCAUUCCUCUCUACCAUUAACUGUGCUGUAGUUAAAAUCUUUGGUUUUUUUGGCGUCCUCUCUGAUUAGAACUUGAAAUAGAUUCAUUUGGGGGGAAGUUUGUGGAAGAGUAGUAGACUCAAUUGACAUAUAUGUAUGUUCAUUCUAUUACUAUAUGUAGUCUAUGCUACAACUAUAUCCAUAUCCUGUUAUUGUAAGUCUUCUGAAGGGGAUAAGUUACAUGUAAGAUUGACAUUUUGGGUCUUUUUGUAUUAUGACAAUGUUUAUGCCAUGUUGAAUCAACAAAAAUUGUAUAAAGCAUUACCCUUUUGUGCAUAACA